GAACCAUCAUGCAACAGAGAGGACGCGGUGGAUACAAUGAUCGCGGGCAAGGACGUGGAGGUCCCCCCAGAGGGCGCGGCGGCGGCCCUCCCCAGGGCGGAUUUUCCGGCGGCGGAGCGCCGCCUCGAGGCCGGGGUGGGCCGCCCAGUGGAGGUAAUUACCGCGGCGGAGGCCCCCCGCGCGGGCAAGACGCGCCACUCAUCUUCAUGCAGGGUGCCCCUGCGCCACUGGCCCCACGCCUGUCCGACGACAGCCACGCGCAGCUGAUCAAGUCCCUCUCCAAGAUUCGGGCUGACCCCAGUCGGCCGGUGCGGCCGGGCUUCGGGACGAGCGGCCGCGCGAUCACCCUGCGCGCGAAUUUCUUCCCGAUCCGCAUCCCCGCGCGGCCGAUAUUCGACUACAGCGUUGAGAUCGUGCCGAAGACGGACAUCCGGCGGCUGCAGGCGCGGAUCUUCGCGCUCGUGGAGCUGAGCGCGCAGUUUGAGCCGAUGCGCAAGUCGGUGGCGCAUGAUGGCGGGGCGCGCUUGGUCUCUGCGCACAAGCUUCCGCAGCCGCUCAGCAUUUCUGUCCCGUUCUAUGAGGACGGCCAGCCUGGGCCAGGAUCCAACGCGGUUGUGUACACCGUCAAUAUCAAGUUCGACAAACAACUGGAUCCGGCUGAUCUGACCAAACAUCUGAACGGAGAGCCGGGGUCGCGUGACUAUACGCUGGGGCCCAUUCUUUCGGCACUCAAUCUCGUGCUGAAUCAACAUCCAACGCGGAGCGGGGUGCGCGUUGGCCAGAACAAGUUCUUCUUCCCAACGUCGUCGCAAUCGUUCCCUCUGGGCAUGGGUCUCGUCGCGUUCCAGGGAUUCUACACCUCUGUGCGCCCGACGUACAAGCAGCUGAUGGUCAACGUGAAUAAUUGCAUGACGGCUUUCAUCCAACCGGGCAAUUUGGGCCAAGCUCUCCAGGCUUUCAAUCGCAACAGCCAUGGAACGAUGCCUACACUGCCUCAGGCGAUGGUCAAAAGCAUCAAAGUCACCACAUCUUACCUCGGGUACAACAAACGGUCGAAGAUCUGGUCGAUUGGAUCAACCUCAGCCAGAAACACUAAAUUCAACUGCCAGCAACUCGGUGGGAUGGUUUCCGUCGAGACGUACUUCUUGAAAACAUACAACAUCAAGCUAAAGGAGCCUGCAAAUCUGCCCGUGAUCAAUAUCGGAAACGCCAAGAAACCGGUGUUCGUUCCUGCAGAGCUGUGCGAAAUCGAGGCUGGCCAAGUGUUCCGCGGGCGGCUGGGCGCGCAAGAGACACAGGCGAUGAUCAAGAUCGCCUGCAACCCACCCGGAUUCAACGCCCUCGAAAUCACGCGAAAAGGGUUCCCCGCUCUCGGGCUCGAGCCGAUGCAGUCUCCGGCGGACAGCAGCGGCUUCGACGUGUCGGUCGACCCGCAGAUGGCCGUCGUCCCCGCGCGCGAGCUCGACCCCCCGCGCCUGUCGUACUCGAAGGGCAACGCGUCCGUGCGGAACGGCGCGUGGAACAUCAUGGACGUCAAGUUCCACCGCGGCGCGGCCGUCGGCCGCUGGUGGGUGAUGGUCGUGCGUGACGGUCCGCGCGCGCUGCUGAAUGGCCCCGACGACCCGCGGCUGCGGUCGCUGCUUGAGGGUUUCCGCAACAAGCUCGCGCGGAGUGGGAUGCAGAUUCCGCCGGACCUGCCGCGUUUGAUUGCGACUGCGCCGCUGCAGAACCUGCAGGGCCCCGGCCGCGAGGAUGCCCUCAAGAUCAUUCGGCAGCAUGUUGUGGACAACCUGGCGCAGGAGGGAGGGAGGAAGCCUAGCUUUAUCCUUGUUCUGCUGUCGACGCGUGACAACUACAUCUACCCUGGGAUCAAGCGAAUGGGAGACGUUGACAUGGGAAUCCACACGGUGCACAUGCAGCUGGAGAAAGCGCUCAAGGACGGCAGAAAUCAAGACCAGUACCUGUCCAACGUCGCCCUCAAAGUGAACUCGAAGCUCGGCGGCAUGAACCAUCUCCUCGAUCCCCAGGCCAUGCGAUGGCUCACGAAGCAGAAAACGAUGAUGGUGGGAAUCGACGUGACACAUCCGAGUCCGGGGAGCAGAGAGGGCUCGCCUUCCAUCGCAGCCGUCGUGGCGAGCGUCGAUGACGACUUUGUGCAAUUUCCCUGCAGCCUGCGGAUCCAGCGGCCCGACCCAAACCGAGAGUCAAAAGAGAUGUUAUCUGAGCUACGCGACAUGCUCGUUGAGCGCCUGCAGUACUAUGAGAAGAAGAAUCGGGUUCUUCCCCAGCGCAUCAUCAUAUUCCGCGACGGGGUUUCUGAGGGCCAAUUCGACAUCGUAGUCCGGGAAGAGCUCGCACAAGCGCUGGAGGCGUUCAAGAAGCUGAGCACGAAGGAGCGCGGCGCGAAGCCGUACCGCCCUGCCAUCGCCAUCAUCAUUUGCGGGAAGCGGCACCACGCCAAAUUCUUCGCUACUGAUGCCAACUCGGCGGACCAGAAAGGCAACACGCGUCCGGGAACGGUCGUUGAUAAAGGGGUUACUGCGGUAUUCGAUUUCGACUUUUAUCUGCAAGCCCACGCGGGUCUUCAAGGAACUGUACGUACUUGCUGCGCCUGCUCGUCUGUCAAACAUGACGCCUUGUGUUUAGGUCAAAGCGACGCACUACACCGUGGUCUACGACGAACUCAAACUUACCGCCGAUGAGCUGCAGAAGGGAUCGAACGACUUCUCUUAUCUCUACGCGCGGGCUACGCGGGCAGUCAGUCUGAUCCCGGCGGCCUACUACGCAGACCUGGCAUGCGAGCGUGCCCGGUUCUACCUCAACAGCUUCUUCGCUCCGGACGACGGGGCGUCGAGCGCUGGUAAGGGGAGAGAUCGCGACGAGGAACGAAACCGGGUCUUUGAAGAGGCUAGAAAAUCCUGGGGAACCGGGAUCCAUGCAGAUCUUGCUCAGUCUAUGUUUUACAUCUAAUCAAAUUGUUUUUACGUUCUUCAACUCGUCGAAUUGCUGUGCUGUAUCUAAUAUAUCCAAUUGAAUUUUGACAUUUACGAGUUCAGAGA